UUCUUGGAUACAGCCAUGGAGGAACCACAGUCGGAUCUCAGCAUUGAGCCCCCUCUGAGUCAGGAGACAUUUUCAAACUUGUGGAAACUUUCUUCUCUGGCCCGUCCGCAGUCCAAAUUGCUGCCAUCGGACCCCAUGGGAGAUCUCCUGUUCCAGGACGUUAACUGGCUAGAUGGCCCAGGUGAAGCCACCCAGGUGGCCACAGCUCCUUCGGCAGAGGACCCUGUCACCGAGGCUCCCGCACCAGUGGCCCCUGCACCAAUCAUUCCCUGGCCUCUGUCGUCUUUUGUCCCCUCCCAGAAAGCUUUCGAGGGCAGCUAUGGUUUUCAUCUGGGCUUCCUGCACUCGGGGACAGCCAAGUCUGUCACGUGCACGUACUCCCCUUCCCUCAAUAAGCUGUUCUGCCAGCUGGCCAAGACGUGCCCCGUGCAGCUGUGGGUCAGCUCCCCACCGCCUCCCGGCACCCGUGUGCGGGCCAUGGCCAUUUACAAGAACUCACAACACAUGACAGAGGUUGUAAGGCGCUGCCCUCACCACGAGCGCUCCUCUGAUGGCGACGGGCUGGCUCCUCCCCAGCAUCUUAUCCGAGUGGAAGGCAACUUGUAUGCUGAAUACAUGGAUGACAGGCAGACUUUUCGGCACAGUGUGGUGGUACCAUAUGAAUCACCUGAGCUGGGCUCUGACUGUACCACCAUCCACUACAACUACAUGUGUAAUAGCUCCUGCAUGGGGGGCAUGAACCGCCGGCCCAUCCUGACCAUCAUCACACUGGAAGACGCCAGUGGGAACCUGCUGGGUCGGGGCAGCUUUGAGGUCCGCAUUUGUGCCUGCCCUGGGAGAGACCGUCGGACAGAGGAAGAGAAUUUCCGUAAGAGAGAAGGCUGCUCCGAGCUAUCCCAAGGGAGCAGUAAGCGAGCACUGCCCACCAACGGGAACACGUCUCCCCAGCCAAAGAGAAAACCACUUGAUGGAGAGUAUUUCACCCUUAAGGUCCGGGGCCAUAGACGCUUCGAGUUCUUCCGAGAGCUGAAUGAGGCCUUGGAACUGAAGGAUGCUCACGCUGCUGCUGCUGCGGAGGAGUCGGGAGGCAGCGGCGCUCACUCCAGCAUCUUGAAGACCAAGAAGGACAAGUCCACCUCCACUCGCAAGAAUCUCAAGAUCAAGAAAAAGGAGCCUGACUCAGACUGA